UACUGAAAUCUGCUCACUGCAUUUAUAAGAAGAUUAUAUUGACAAAAACAAGUGUGGAGACCAAGUGUAUACACAGAAAGCAUUUACUAUAGGGGGCUUUCUUAAGUUUUGCAUUAGGAAUGGCAUCAAAUGAUCAAGGAGGACAAUAUGAAGGUGAUAGGUUACUCGUACAGUCUGAGACUUUGGUUCAACAUAACCAUCUUUCUUCCAUGUCUCAGAAACAGUUUGAUGAGAAUUAUGAGUUUCAAAGUCAUCCACCGCUGAAGUUCAAACAAAUUGUAACAAAUAAAGUGUCAAAAUGCCAUUGCUCACGGACAUGUAUAAAGGGAUUUAUAUAUUCUAUAUUUCCGUUCAUCACUAUAAUGAAGAAUUAUCAAAUACGAGAGUCGUUACCAGGAGAUAUUGUGGCGGGGCUGACCAUUGGGAUCAUGCAUAUACCACAAGGUUGGUAUCUUUAUUUUGUUUUAUUAUAUGAUCUAAUAAUACAUGUAGCUGCAGUGUCGUUGGUCAAAACAGCAGUCAAGAGAACAAAUUAUAAAAUCAUAUUCACUAGCUUAAGUUUUAUAUUCACUGGCUGA